AUGAAGCAUAAAAAUCAAAACAGCAGCCUCAAUUGUCCAGCAACUGUCCAGCAACUAACCCAAACAGCAGCCUCACAUUACCAAAAACAACUGUCCAGCAACCUCAUUUGCAUCAUUAGCCUUGUAAUGGCUUCAGAUAAUGACGAUGAGCUACAGGGGGCUUGGUAUUUUGGAUCAAAUGCAUACGAUUCACAGUCAAGCUCCAGUUCUGACGAGGAACCACAAGAAAUGGAUGCACAACAAAUAGAACAGCAAGGUCAACGUAAAACAAGGCUUACGAACGAGUUGAGGCAUCUUAUUUUACAUGAAAUGUUGUCACUUAAAGUAAGUGACUCACUCCCACAUGGUACAUUCGUACGAAUAGCAAACAAAUACGGUUACACACCAAGAGCAAUUCGAAACUUAUGGAAACGUGCAAUUGAAAACAAAGAAGAAAACAAGCCUUAUGUUGUCGAUUCAAAGUACAAGAAUUGUGGAAGAAAAAGAGUUCAAGUGCCACCAAACGUACUUGAAUCAAAACCAAUGGGUGAACGUACAUGCAUAAGAGAUGUUGCAACAUGCUUAGACUUGGCACCAACAACGGUUUGGCGAUUGAUACGAAGGGGGGAGAUUAAGGCACAUUCAAAUCCAUUACACCCUUAUUUAACGGAUGCAAACAAGGCAAGAAGGGUUGAGUGGAUUUUAAGUCUCAUUCAAGAAGAUACAAUUCAUCAUCAUCCAAUGUAUAAAGGUAUGUAUGACUUUAUACAUAUUGAUGAAAAAUGGUUUUACUUAACCAAGAAGACACAAAGAGUUUAUCUAGCACACAAAGAAAAAAUUCCAUAUAGGGUGGGAAAGUCAUCAAAAUUCAUUCCAAAAGCCAUGUUUUUAGGGGCGGUUGCAAGGCCUAGAUGGAAUCAAUAUGGCCAAAGAACAUUUGAUGGGAAAAUCGGAAUUUUCCCUUUCGUAAGUAGGGUUGCAGCACAAAGAAAUUCAAUUAACCGUCCAAGGGGGUCUAUAGAAAUUAAACCAACUGAUUCGGUUACUCAGGAAGUUUAUAGGAGCAUGCUCAUAGAACAAUUAAUUCCAGCAAUUCUUAGAAAAUGGCCAAGUGAUGGUCCAUCCAUAAUUUUCAUCCAACAAGAUAAUGCAAGGGUUCACAUAACAAAUGAUGAUCCGAUUUGA